AUGACGCGUUCAGGAUCCAACAACAAGAAGAAGAUCACGACCGUGGUCCUCUUGGGCUCGAUCGCCUUAGCAAUCACCCUUUUCACAACCGUGGCCGAUGCAGCCGCACCCAAGAUCCCCCACAAGGCCGACAUCUCCCACCCCGAGGGCUCAAGCCCCUGGCCCACCUACGGCGAGAAGCCCAAGACCAACACACCCGAGGUCAAGGCCUGGGUCAAAUCGAUCGACUGGUCCAAGGUCCCCAACCUCCCCAUCCGCCACACCGACACCCCUGGUGACCCACCAGAGUGUCCCAAGAAGGGGGUCCCCAAGGGCGAUUGCUGGUGGACUUGUACAGGUUGCUAUGCACCCGAUGAUGUUGUUGAUUGCCCCGGGAAGAACGAUUGGGGGCUGACGUUUGAUGAUGGUCCAGAGCCCGGUGUGACCGAGAACUUGUUUAGUCUGCUGAAAGAGAAGAAUGUUACGGCGACUUUCUUUGUUACAGGAAUGAAGUCGACCAAGGCGCCUUGGUUGCUCCAGGAUACUAUUGAUCAGGGUCAUCACCUUGCUUCUCACACCUGGUCGCACUCGGGAUUGACCACCUUGACCAACGAGGAGAUUGUUGCUGAGCUCAAGUGGACUGAAAAGUACAUUUUUGACCACACAGGGUACAAAAUCAAGUACUUCCGUCCUCCCUAUGGUGACAUCGACAACCGCGUCCGCGCAAUCGCCCGCGAGCUCGGCUUCAAGUCCGUGAUCUGGUCAAACGAAUGGGACACCCAGGACUGGCAAUUGGCCGAGAACACCAUCUCCUCCAAACAAGUCGUCGGAAUCUUCAACGCGGGUCUUAAAUCCCUCCCCGACAGGAAGAAGGGCGUCAUUACUCUCCAACACGACGGCGACAAAAAGUUGGUCACCAUGGCCAGAACGUUGUUGGAUAUGGGUAUCAAGAAGGGGAUGAGACCUAUGAAUAUUGCUCAGUGUCUGGAUGAUAAGGUUGGGUAUAACGCCGUCCCUGCUUUGCCUGCUUCAGCAGCACCCAAGAAGCCUGCCGCACCUGUCGCUGUCCCUGAUGCUGAAGAUGAGGACGUGACGCAGGCUGGUGGUGUUGAGCCCGAGGUUUCGAUCUCGACUUCGCCAAAGAAGGAAGACCAUGGAGCAGUUAAGGGUGCUGCGAACCCUGGAAAGAAGUCUGCUGCUGCAACUGUUUCUGCGGGUCUUUCGGUUGCAGGCUGGACUCUUGCUGCCGUCGUUGUCUCUUUUGUUCUCUAA